AUGUCAGACCUCCGCGAACAGUGCAUGAAGUUGCAAGUGCAGAAUACUGCACUAGCAGUUGUGAUUGCAAAUGGAUGGGUGUGCGACGGUGCGCCAAACCAGAAGGGAAGAAUGAUUUCCUACAGUGAGCGGUGCAGAAGUGGCUUCUUUCAUGCACAACGGUCACUGGCGUUUCACAAAGUUGAUAGUGGCGAACACUCCCGUGUCUUGUUUGCUACCUACCGUGGUGACACAUGCAUCAUCACCCCUGACCGCACUUGGACAAUCAAGAAGGCAAAGCACGCAGUGCUUCGUGAACUGGAGCUUCCGUGUGCUUACUCAAAGGUUGACGCCUUCUUUGUCUUUGAGUUCUCCAACACUUUCCAAGAAGUGACGAACGCGCGCAAGGUUGGCACAACUUUGUCGAGGAAGGCAGAGGUGGCAGUCAUUGAACGCCAUCGCUGGACUCCCUCCACUUCAUUUACGCCAAGUGGUGGCUACGGCAACACAGUGAGCCUUGAGGGGGAUCCAGUUCAAACAGCGCAGUCUCUUUUUGUGACACGCGAGGAGGCGCAUGUCCACGGCGAGAGUGCCAGUCCAACCGCCUUCAAUUCGGCAUUGAACACGGUACAAUCCGAUGACAGUGACGCAGACGUGACCGAUGAAGUGAUUGCACUGUCGGACCUUGCCGAGUAUGACGAGGGGGAGUUUUCCAUCGAAUACCUUCAAUGUGCCGAUGAUUUUCAGGAGAACUUGAUUCCAGUGGUCGUGUCGGAGUUCAAGGGUCGGGUUCUCUUCACGCUCUUGUUGCCCAUGGACACCAGCAUCCAGAACACCAAAGCCAAGAUGGUUGAGCACAUGACCGAGUUGGCUUCCAAAAAAGGUCUUGGUGGUCGCAUGAUGACGGUGAAUGACUUUGACCUUGCACAGAACGGCAUGGUUGUGGAUGAGACGGACAUGCUUUCGGACUACGGCGAGGACGAGACACACAUCGGCUUUGUCAUCAUUCUAAAGUUGAGGGGUGGUGGCAUUACUGGUUUGAGGAAACAGCAAAAGAAAAAGUCCGAGAAGAAGACCGGCAAGAAGGACAGUGAGCGAUUGCGCAAUGACGCCAAGGAGGUGGCGAGUGGCAUUCAGAAGAACACGACAUUGCCUGUGGUGCAAUCAGCGGAUGCGAUCAUGACGGCUUUCAUGACCCUUUCGGAGACCAACCCGACCGAUGCUUUGGUUGGUCGGUUGAAAGUCUUGGAGGAGAAGGACUUGGACAAAAUCCAUGGCGUCUUGUCAAAAAAUUCGGGCGGGAGCACUGACUACAAAUUGAGACAGGCAUCUCGCCACUUCUUCAAUCCCGAGUUACAGGGCGUCAUUGAUCUUCAUCAUGAGACAGGAGGCAUCAUUGAAACAGCGGAGUUGACUUUCGCCACUACUUAUCACCAGUUGUUGGAGACCGAGACCAACUACAACCUUGGAAAGAUGAAGGCACUUGUGAAGACUUACCUUGACCGCAAGAUUGGAGAACGCGAGAAGGAAGAGAAGGAAAUGAUGGAACUCUAG